AGUCGCUAUAGAGCCUCUGCCACGCGAGCUCCUCUGGCGCACCGAUCCUUCCUUCUUUCCUUCCUGCUGCUUCUUCUUUCUUUCUUCUUCUCCUCCUCCUCCUCCUCCUCCUCCUUCCGUCGAACUGUUGAGAUCUCGAACAUUACGGAGAAGAAGGCAAGCAGAUCGAGGAAGAGGAAGAAAAUAGCCACGUUUCUGAGUUUUGGUGAUUCUGUUGACUCUUAUGGGGUCUGAGGAUGUCGUAGAGCUUCUCGAGAAAUCAUCGGGACCUCAUUUCUCAGGGUUUCAUUUAGAUGGCAUAAAUGGAUUAAAUUCACAGGAGGAGCAACCAACGACCUCUAAAACUGAGAGUAUGCACAAACAACCAUUUAUAAUUGGAGUAGCUGGUGGCACAGCAUCUGGGAAGACCACUGUGUGUGAAAUGAUAAUUGAACAGCUUCGAGAUCAUCGUGUUGUUCUCAUUUGCCAAGAUUCCUUUUAUCAUCCUUUGACAGAGGAAGAGCUAGAACAUGCUCAUGAGUAUAAUUUUGAUCACCCUGAUGCCUUCGACACUGAAAGGCUGCUUUCUUGUAUGGAGAAGUUGAAACAUGGGGAGUCAGUUGAUAUUCCAAACUAUGAUUGUCGGAAAAACUCUGCAGGUCCAACACGUAAGGUUAACCCCGCAGAUGUAAUCAUUUUAGAAGGCAUAUUAAUCUUGCAUGAUCCUCGGGUCCGAGAAUUGAUGAACAUGAAGAUCUUCGUUGAUACAGAUGCUGAUAUACGAUUGGCAAGGAGAAUAAGACGUGACACUGUUGAGAAAGGGAGAGAUGUUCGAAUGGUGCUAGACCAGUACUCAAAAUUCGUGAAGCCUGCUUUUGAUGACUUCAUACUGCCAUCAAAGAAAUAUGCUGAUAUUAUCAUGCCCCGUGGAGGUGAUAACCAUGUUGCUGUCGAUCUGAUUGUGCAACAUAUCCACACAAAACUUGGGCAGCAUGAUUUGUGCAAGAUAUAUCCAAAUCUGUAUGUUAUCCAUUCAACUUUUCAGAUUCGUGGUAUGCAUACGCUAAUACGUGAUGCACAGACAACGAAGCAUGACUUUGUAUUUUAUGCUGAUCGCUUGAUCCGUUUGGUUGUUGAACAUGGAUUAGGCCAUCUUCCGUUUAUUGAAAAGCAGGUGAUCACUCCAACAGGUUCAGUGUACACUGGAGUGGAUUUCUGUAAAAGACUUUGUGGUGUCUCCGUCAUCAGAAGUGGGGAGAGCAUGGAGAAUGCACUGCGAGCAUGUUGCAAAGGGAUUAAGAUUGGGAAGAUACUAAUCCACAGAGAAGGAGAUAAUGGUCAACAGCUGAUUUAUGAGAAAUUACCUGAAGACAUCUCCAAGCGACAUGUUCUUCUGUUAGAUCCCAUCCUUGGCACAGGGAAUUCAGCAGUCCAAGCCAUCUCACUAAUAAUCCAGAAAGGGGUGCCAGAAUGCAAUAUCAUAUUUCUCAAUCUCAUCUCGGCACCCCAAGGAGUACAUGUGGUGUGCCAGAAUUUUCCGAGAAUCAAGAUUGUGACGUCAGAGAUAGAGACCGGUCUCAAUGAAGAAUUCCGUGUUGUUCCUGGUAUGGGGGAAUUUGGCGAUCGAUAUUUUGGCACAGAUGAUGAUGAUGAUGCUCAGCAAACAUAGGACGCCCGAUAUCUGCACAUUUUUGCCAUUUUUUAUAUGAGGCCUAGAUUCUGGAAGUAACUACUUGCUCUUCGGGAUAGUUGUGUCGUCUCCUCGAGCGUCUAUUUUUCUCCUCUAAUUUUCUUUCUCUCUCUAUAUAUAUAUAUAAACUACGAGCCAGUGUGUGAGGCUUCCACUCUAUUGCCUUGCGGCUUUGAUGUUCAUACGUUAUGAAGCAAUUUUCUAAUAAUGGCUUUUGUGAUUUCUUUCCCCAA